GGUGAACUUCGCCGACCGCAAAACAAGCGAGAAACUCCCUCACCGCGACGAGCCCCUCCGCGCUCGGCUUUUUACAAAAGCGGGAGACUGUACGAUCCUCGGCAGUGUUCUGAGACUGUACGGUCACUUUUUUGCCCUGCCGGUGGACUUUACUGCGUGUGUUUUUGUUUUGUUUUUUUACGAUCAAUUGCGCGUCCUUUUCUGUGAUUUAACGCGAGCGUCCGCGGAGGUCCGGAGCGCGUCCCGUUUGCGCAGCUGUGGGAAUUACGAGAAACGGAGAGAUGACAGCGGAGAAAGAGAAGAAGAGAUGCAGCUCGGAGCGGCGUAAGGAGAAGUCUCGGGACGCGGCGCGCUGCAGGCGCAGUAAGGAGACGGAGGUGUUUUAUGAACUGGCCCGCCAGCUGCCUCUCCCACACAGCAUCAGCUCACAUCUGGAUAAAGCCUCCAUCAUGAGACUGGCCAUCAGCUACCUGCGCACACGCAAACUCCUCAGCUCAGCCUGUGCUACCGCCACAGAGACGACAGACGUAGACAGACUGAUGGACAACUGGUAUCUGAAGUCACUGGGCGGCUUCAUUAGCGUGGUAACAUCAGACGGAGACAUGAUCUUCUUGUCGGAGAACAUCAACAAAUUCAUGGGUCUCACUCAGGUGGAGCUCACGGGGCACAGCAUCUUUGAUUUCACUCACCCCUGUGACCACGAGGAGAUCCGCGAGAACCUCAGUCUCAAAGCCGGCAUGGGAAAGAAAGGCAAGGAGCUGAGCACAGAGAGGGAUUUCUUCAUGAGGAUGAAGUGCACCGUGACGAAUCGCGGGCGCACCGUUAACCUGAAGUCCGCGAGCUGGAAGGUGCUGCACUGCACGGGACACCUGAAGGUGUGUAGCGGCUGUCCCGCGCGAGUGCUGUGUGGAUUUAAAGAGCCGCCGCUCGCCUGCGUGGUCAUGAUGUGUGAGCCCAUCGCCCAUCCAUCAAACAUCGACACGCCGCUCGACAGCAGGACCUUCCUGAGCCGCCACAGCAUGGACAUGAAGUUCACUUACUGUGAUGACAGAGUUACCGAGUUGAUGGGUUACAGUCCUGAAGAUCUCCUGGGCCGGUCGGCGUAUGAGUUUUAUCAUGCUCUGGACUCCGACAGCGUCACCAAAAGCCACCAGAACCUGUGCACUAAGGGCCAGGCGGUGAGCGGUCAGUACAGGAUGUUGGCUAAGAGCGGGGGCUACGUGUGGGUGGAGACCCAGGGUACCGUCAUCUACAACAGUCGCAACUCCCAGCCCCAGUGCAUUGUGUGCGUGAACUACGUGCUGAGCGACGUUGAGGAGAAGGCUAUGAUCUUCUCUAUGGACCAGACCGAGUCUCUGUUCAAGCCUCAGCACUUGAACCGUUUCUUCAGUCCAAGCGAAGGAGGCCUGGGCAGCGAGCCAGGGGAAGCGCUCUACACCAAACUCAAAGAGGAGCCCGAGGAUCUCACCCAGCUCGCACCCACACCUGGUGACACCAUCAUCUCUCUCGACUUUGGUAACCCUCAGUACGAGGAGCACACGAUGUACAGCAAAGCUUCUUCUGUCGCUCCUGCCGUCUCUCGCUCCGUUCACGACGGACACAAGGCGAGCUACGCUGGAGACAUGGCCAAGAUGGCCGCCACUUUCUCUGUGCCCCAGGCUCCGCCGGCCAGCAGUACAACUCCCAGCCUGAGCAGCUGCUCCACGCCCAGCAGCCCUGGAGAUUACUACACCUCAGUGGACAGCGACCUGAAGGUGGAGCUCACCGAGAAACUGUUUUCCUUGGACACACAGGAGACAAAGACCUCCUGCAAUCAAGAGACUGACCUGAGCGAUCUGGACUUGGAGACUCUGGCUCCCUACAUCCCAAUGGACGGUGAGGACUUCCAGCUCAAUCCCAUCUGCCAGGAAGAGCCGCCGUCCGAGAUCGGGGCCCUGGGAAGCAACCAGCAGAGCUUCAGCAACAUCACCAGCCUCUUCCAGCCCUUGAGCUCCCCUUCAGCCGCCCACUUCCAGGCCAACAUGAGCUCAGGAGGGGACAAGCAGAGCAUCGGCGGAGGCUCUGUGGAGUCCUGGCCGUCUGUGCCCUACAGCAGGGGCCCCAUGCAGAUGCCUCCCUACCAUGACCCGGCCAGCACCCCGCUGUCCUCUAUGGGAGGCCGUCAAAACCUGCAGUGGCCGCCCGACCCUCCCAUACCCAGUAAGGCAGGAAUGAUGGAUCCUUUAGCUGCAAAGCGCUCUUGCCAAACUGUGCCAGCAAAUCACAUGCCGUCUUAUCUGCAAAGGCCCAUGGAGAGCUUUGUGCAGAACUACAGAGAUUUAAGUCCAGCUCGACUUUCCGUCGCCAACAAUUUCAAGCGCUCGUUCACACAGAUGACGAUGAGCGAGCCGACCCCCUCGAAAGCACAAAGCGCCAUGUGGAAGAGACUUCGGAGCGAGAGCUGUGCCGUCAUGGACAGAAAAUCCCUCAGCACCAGCGCUUUGUCAGACAAAAGCAUGGCCCCUGACGGAGGCAUGGACCACCAGCACAGGAAGACUCAGUAUACGGGGAAUCAGGUGACGAAGCGCUUUAGAGAAGAGUGCUGUAACUACAGAGAGUUCAGCAUGCAGCCUUCCUCCAAGAUGAAUGGAAUCGCCAGUCGACUGAUCGGGCCCUCCUUCGAGACCUACUCUCUGCCUGAACUGACGCGUUACGACUGCGAGGUCAACGUCCCGUUGCAAGGAAAUCUUCACCUGCUGCAGGGCAGUGACCUCCUCAGAGCGUUAGACCAGGCCACUUAGAGCCCCCUACGGCUCACCUCACACUCGCCAUCCCGACAGUAACCUCCCCAGCUUUAGCGCGUCCCACAAACCCCCUCUCACAGUCACGUCUACCCGAGCGCGUACAUGACAAAUGUAGCUUUGAUUCUAUUUUUAUUGUCUGCAUCUUCAUAAAUUAUAUACAUGUACUAUUUUUUUAGUUACAAGGCGGUUUCGGAAUGAAUUUAAGUAUUUUUUGGAGGAGCUGAAAUGAUGUUACGGCAAAGCUGUUUUUAGCAUACUCUCCUUUUUUCUCUAUCAAUGUCAGAAAAAAAAAAAAAAGAAGAAAAAAAAGUAUCUACCGUAAGCUACUUGUUUUAAAAUGUUCUCAUUUCUUUCAUUUGUUCUAACUUUCCUACCUCUGACACAUCGUUAAAGACCCCAUGAAAUCAAAAGGCUAGUUUUGAGCUCACCUAUACGCUAACGCAGGUUCUUCCCAAAGACGUUUUAUUAAGUUAUUUACUCUGCAUUAACAAUAGCUGCUCUUCAUACAUGUGCUGCUGUCUUUUCACUCGCACAAACACGUUCAAGGGUUGCCAGAUUUCACAAAAAGCAUCCUGGUCUAAUAUAUACGGCGACCCCAGUUAUUAUGCUUUAGGUAGAUAGUAUUCUCAAAACAAGCCCCCUAAAAUGAAUAUGACGACACUUAAAGUCUUUAUGUAUAAUGCAUUAUAAAAGUAUGCACCAUAUGCAUUUUUAAUUCGGAUGCAAUUAUUCCCAUGUGGAUGUAGUGUAUUACAAUGCACAUAAUUGCAAUGCAUUAUACCCUUUAAUAAUCCUUUAUAAUGCAUUAUGCAUAAAGUGUUAGCUUAGAUCCCGCUCAGUUAAAAAGCAAUUGUAUUUAUUAUGAAUAAAUCAAAUAUUAUUUAAAAAAGCUAUGAAAUCAAUAUGAUGUGCAGACAUGGCAAAUUGAUUAAAUUAAAUUGUACAAAAUGAAAAAACUAUUUAAUUUAUUAUGAAAACAUAUUUUAUUUAAAAAUCACUAAAAUGACAUUGCAUUAUAAAUCACUAUUUUCUUUUUUGUUUCGUUUCGUUUUGCUUUGAAGCUGUGCUGGCAACCACUGCGCUAGUGUACUCCUGAAAGCAAGCGCAAUUAAUAUUUGUCACGCAUACUUUAAAAUGGUAAUGCAUUUAAUGUUGUAAUAUUUCGUUCAGUCAAAUUCUGAAAUAAAAGUCACCUUUUCUCUGCAGUCGUGGUUAGCCUGCUAAAAAAAAAAAAACCCAAAAAAACAAAAACAUUUGAAUAAAGAAAAGCGUUUCAUGGGGUCUUUAUGCCUUGUCCUCACUGACCACUUUCAGUGUUCGUGUUAUUCAUGUGCCUUUCUUCGUUUGAUUAGUUGCAAUACCGUGUUUCUGUCUCUGAUCUCUGUUUAUUGCCUUAUUGUGGAGACCACUUUAAAAACAUAUAUAUUUUUGUCAAUUUAGCUGUAAACAUACAUAUUUAAAGGAAGAUGCUCUAAGAUUUCUACUAUAGAUUUCUACUUUGAUUAUAAAGUUAAGCAUUUAUUUGUCCUGGUACUUUGUCUUGUCUACUCAGUAGAUGUGAAUCAGAGUCCUUAUCAAGUCUGCAGUGCUGGUGUCCUGUGCUCUUUCUUGGUGGCAUUUUUUUUUUUUCUGGAAAUAUGCAAAUGCAUAUCACAAUUAUUGGCAGGCCAGUACAGUUGGUUAAAAAUUGGAAAAAAGAGGGUUUUUUUUAAAUGAAAGACAUUUUAUUAGACAUGUUAUGUAGCAUAUUGGAUCCUUAAAAAGAGUUUAAUCUUAGUGAUUUCUUGCGUUGUAUAAAGAUGACCCGUAUUAGAUUAAUAACAUUAACUCUCUUUUUAUUUGAAUUGCCCUGAGGUUGUCUUUAAAGUUGAAUCAUAAAGGAUCUAAAUUAUUUCUUACAAUGUGUAGUAAUGUAGCGACAACUGUAGACGAAGAUGAUUCUUUUGCUUAAACACAUAUUAGCACUUUAGAUUCAAUGUUAAUCUAAACCCCUUUAAAAAAAAUAAAUAAAAAAAAUUAAAGGUACAAAGAUGAGGUUUGGCACGCAAUCCAGUUUUUGAAGUGGGGUUUUUGUGAGCAGACUGGAGAUGCGUUGCUCAAUGUUGGAGCUGCCGUGCGAGAUGCUAUCAGAGAGAGAGAGAGGCUGUGCACAACUAAACAAAGCUAAUUCAGCAUAAGAGCGAAUGCCCAAAACAUGUCCGGGAAAAUGAAUCAAAUUAUAUCAUAGGAUAAUAAGACAUAUGCAUGGUUUCAGCCAUGUUAACAUUUUCUUGCAUUAGUUUUGUUACAGCUGCCCCCAAAACUAACAAUUAUCUUUGUUUUAAAAAAGACCAAAAA